UAGUCGAGAGCUCACCCAGGUGCUUCCAGUACGAGCUACCUCGACCAGGUCACCCCGGCAUCACCCUGGCUAACGACCUAUCCGGAGGUACCGGGGGUCCCGGUGCGGGCGGCGUCGGUUCCGUCGGUGGUACCACCGUCGGCGGCGGCGGCGGUGGCGGUGGCGGCGGCGGUUCGUCCCUGCCGACGACCGCCCUUAGCCUCGACCAUCAGCAAUUCAACAUCUUCCCGGCGAUUUUCAGCCGGCAGCUCAACUUCUCCGCGGCGGCUGCUGCCAAUUGUGGUCAGAACAAACUGAUGGAUGAGCUCAGGCCGAAUCUGGGUCUGCUCGGCGUCGGCCUGGUCGAGAACGACAGUUUCCACUUGAAUCACAAUCAGGAGAAGAGAAAGUGCAGCAGCGCCAGUUCGAAUGAGCAGGACUUCGGCCUGUACGGGGUGCACCAGGGCCUCGAGGCGAGCCCGCCGACGCCCGCCGCAACGCCCGGUAGAAGCAGCGUCGGAGCUACCACCACUGUCGGAGCAGAAGGCGCUUUUAAAAAGUUAAAACCUGACCCCUGCGCCUCCAGUCCUCAUAUUGGUCACACACCUACCACAGCUAGUUGUCCAACACCCGCCCGACGGCGACAUAGGACCACCUUUACGCAGGAGCAGCUGGCAGAAUUGGAAUCGGCGUUUGCAAAAUCUCAUUAUCCGGACAUAUACUGCAGGGAGGAAUUGGCGAGGACCACCAAAUUGAACGAGGCCAGAAUUCAGGUUUGGUUUCAGAAUAGAAGAGCGAAGUACCGGAAGCAGGAGAAACAAUUGCAGAAGGCUUUGACACCAAUUCCCGCCUGUCAAGGUGCCAUGAUGAGGAAUAUCUAUCCUGGUGCUAGCAGAGGUUAUCAACCCUACCCCCAUCCUCACAACAGCAUAAAUGGCAUAAAUCGUUAUCCCCAGAUGGGCACGACGUCUUACCCGAGCAUGACCCAACCGUUCUCCAUGUCGCAUUCAGCGUCGAACAUGUCGGCCGUCACCGGUAUGCGACAAGAUGCAAUGGGAAUGUCAGCAGAGGACGAGUGGUACAACAAGAGCAUCUCAGCCCUGAGAAUGAAUACAGCCCACCACCCGAAUCUGGCCGCACCGAUGUUACAAUAUCAAACAUAAUUGUAAACGGAGGCGAGAGGGCGACUUGAGGAUCUCGUCAAAAACUCGAUGGCAUACUUUUGAUUCAGUCAGCCGACAUCGACGGAGAAAGAAAAGCGAUAAAGUGACGAGAUUGAUGAAGCCCUAUCGAUAUUUCGCCCCGCUUCGCAAAAAAAAGGAAAAAAGGCAAAAAAAAGAAAACAAAACCAUGGAUCGAUUUGCAUUAUCGCUAAUCAGCUUGUGCGGCCGCAUCAACAUCCCGAUUUUGUGACAGAUCCUCGCAUCUCGCUUGCAACAGACAAGCUGAAUUUGCAACAAAAUGCUAAUGUAUGCGUGUAAAAGCUUUUAUCAAUUAGUUUCGUGCAAUUCAAAUAUUAUUAAACGCAACGUUGAAGAUUAAGUGCGACGACAAAAGAGUAAGGGUGCGUUUAUUUCGAGCAUUCGGGAUGUAAACUGCACGGCCUGAUAGUUGAUCGUGUGCGAGAGAAAUACUGUUGCGAAAUUUCAAUUGGCACACUUAGAUUCUCGUCUAUAAUUUCUUGUGUGAUUUCCGCGACAUAGGAUAUAUCACGAUUGAUACACAGAUUGUUCCUGGUGGUCGCGUAUUUCUUCUCGAUUUAAAGACGUUCUCGCAAAUUUGGCAUAGAUCUUGUCAAAUAUCAUGGACGAUCGGAUCUCAUCAAUAAAAAUGUGUUUCAGUUUUAUUUUUACGUUUCUUAAAUUUAAACUGAAUAUUAAUUCAAAGAAACUUAUUCAUCUUUGAUUGUUAAUCAAGAGUUGGCAAUUUAAUAUUUUAAAGAAAACUUGAAGAAUAUAAUUUUGCGGAAAUAAUGAUAGAAAAAAGA